GGUAGGGUGCUGGGGGAGCCAGGCCACAGACACCCCUUUGGAGCUGGCUUUGGAGAAAAAAUUCUCCUGCGCUUCAGUGACGAGGGGUGGGCGGAAGGCCCGCCCGGAUUCCUGAGACACUCCCUGCAGAGAGGCUACGCCCAGCCCGGGACUCUCCAGGGGUGAGGACGCUUUAUAAACCGGCAGCCAAGAAGAGAGCCCCCCCAGAUCCCAAGAAGAACACCGUGCCCCUGGCCCAGAGGGGAAAGAGCCAAGCUAAUCCAGCAGCGGAGAGGUGAGUCACUCCCCCAGGACAUCUCUCCUCCGGCUCAAGAUGUGGCCACUCUUUCUGCUGCUAGUGUGGUCGGUCCUCCCUUCCGCUCAGCCGGCCUGCUCCCGUGGGGCCUGCUACCCUCCCGCCGGAGAUCUGCUCAUUGGAAGGACACAGUUCCUCAGGGCCUCUUCCACCUGUGGCCUGCUCAAGCCGGAGACCUACUGCACCCCGUACGGGGAGUGGAAGAUAAAAUGCUGCAAGUGUGACUCCCGCCUGCCUCACACCUACAACAGCCACCGUGUGGAGAACAUAGCUGCCUCCAAGGGCCACAUGCGCUGGUGGCAGUCCCAGAAUGAUGUGAAUCUCGUCUCUCUCCAGCUGGAUCUGGACAAGAAGUUCCAACUGCAGGACAUAAUACUGGACUUGAUGGAUCCACUGCCAGCCAGCAUGCUGAUCGAACGCUCCACGGAUUUCGGGAAGACAUGGAGAGUGUACCAGUACCUUGCUCUGGACUGUGCCAGGAUCUUCCCCCACCUCCAUCGGGGCCAGCCUCAGAAUUGGCAGGAUAUCCGCUGCCAGGAGUUGGCCCUGCAGCCUGGCAGGCACCCCCAAUCAGGAAAGGUCCAACUGAACAUCCUGGACUUGGCUUCCGAAAUCCCCGCUUCUCGGAGCCAGAAAAUCCAUGAGCUAGGGGCAGUCACCAACCUGCGAAUCAACUUCACCGGCUUUGGCCCCCAGCCCCAAAGGGGCCACCACCCACCCAGCACCUUCUAUGCCGUCUCCCAGCUGCGGCUACACGGGAGCUGUCUCUGCCAUGGCCAUGCUGACCACUGUGUCCCUGAUGGUGGGAGCCCAGCUGACCCCUCCAUGGUGGUGCAGGUCCAGGAUGUCUGUGUCUGCCAGCACUAUACCACAGGCCCCAACUGUGAGCUCUGCGAAGCCUUCUACAAUGACCGGCCAUGGAGCCCCGCCGACGACCAGAACCCCCAAGAGUGCCAGAGGUGCAACUGCAAUGGUCACUCUGAGACGUGCCACUUCGACCCAUCUGUGUUUGCGGCCAGCGGUGGAGUCAGCGGAGGUGUCUGCGACCACUGCCGGGACCACACGGAAGGGAGAAACUGUGACAGGUGCCAGCUGCACUACUUCCGGAACCGUCGCCCAGGAGCCUCCAUUCAGGAAUUCUGUAUCCCCUGUGAGUGUGAUCCGGAUGGCGCGGUGCCGGGCGUCCCCUGUGACCCACUCAGCGGUCAGUGUGUGUGCAAGGAGAAUGUCCACGGCAACCGCUGCGACCUGUGUAAGCCAGGCUUCACCAGGCUCACCGUCGCCAACCCGCAAGGCUGCAGCCGCUGUGACUGCAAUAACUUGGGGUCCCGGCAGGACAUGCCUUGUGAUGAAGAGAGUGGGAGAUGCCUGUGCCUGCCCAAUGUGAUGGGACCCAAAUGUGACCAGUGUGUCCCAGGCUACUGGGGAAUCACCAGGGGCCAGGGCUGUGAGCCAUGCAGAUGUGACCCCCGCACCUCCCUCAGCCCCCAUUGUAACCAGUUGACAGGCCAGUGUCCAUGCCGGGAAGACUAUGAGGGCUUGACCUGUUCAGCCGCCGCAAUCCGCACGUGUCCAGACAGAGAAUAUGGCCUUGUUGGGUCAGGAUGCCGAGCUUGCGACUGUGACUUCCGGGGGACGGAAGCUCCAGGCUGUGACAAGGUCACGGGUCAGUGCCUCUGCCGCCCAGGCCUCUCCGGUCCCCGCUGUGACCAGUGCCAGCGCGGCUCCUGUGGCCAUUUCCCUUUCUGCCCGGCCUGCCAUCCCUGCUUCCAGAACUACGAUGAAGCCCUCCGGCAGCAGGCCCAUCACCUCACCAACCUGCGCAAUGUCACCUCCGGGGGCCGGCCGGGGGCCGGGGGGACCGGAACCCCUUGGCUGGAUGCCCGGAUCAUGGAAGCAGAAGGCACCAUCCGUCAGAUCCAGGCCAUCCUCAGCCGCCACUUAGUCACAGAAGAGGAGCUGGCCCAAGCAGCCAAUGCAAUUUCUUCCACCAGGAGGAUCUUACUGAGCCUGAGACCUGAUUUGCCCUUUGAGGAGGAGAGUGUGUCCCUGUCAGGGCACCUGGAGGGCCUGAAUCAGGAAUUUGAGGUCCUCUCCCACCUGUACCAGAGCAAGAAGAAACAGUUUGAGCAAGGGAGCAGCCUGGAUCCUUCAGAUUCUUUCAAGAUCAUCAACUCGGCCUAUCAGAGGUGGACUGAGGCCAACCGGCGGGUAACUGGCAGCUCUCACCAGCUGCAACAGGCCCAGGAGAUUCGGAGAGAGUCGGAAUGGAUGGAGGGGAAGCUGCCCGGUGGUGGUGGCAUUGGAGACUCAAGCUUGGAGGCCCUGAAGCAAGAGAUGGGUUCCCUCCCCAACCUUACACCCCCCAGCAACAAGAUCUGUGGGGGCAGCCGGCUGGAACGCUGCCUUCCGGGAGACUGCGGGGGGACCCUGUGCCCCCGGGUCAGUGGCACGACCUGUGGCCCCAACUGCAAGGGUGCCCUCCCACUGGCGGGCAGUGCCAGCUGGACAGCCCAGAAGACUGCUGGACAGCUCAGGAAAUUCGAAGCUCAGCUCCAUAAAACCACACAACUGAUCCAGGCUGCUGAGGACAACACCACCCAGAUCCGGAGCAACGCCAAGCAUUUGGAGGCACAGGUGAGCAGUGCCCGUUCACAGAUGGAGGAGGACAUCCGCCGCAUCAGCCAAUUCAUCCAGCAAGUCCGGAACUUCCUCAUGGAGGACAGCACCGAUGCAGCCACCAUCCAAGAGAUCAGCAACGAGGUCCUCUCCCUCUGGCUGCCCACUGACACUGAAACUGUCCUGCGCAAGAUGAAAGAAAUCCAAGAUAUCGCUGCCCGUCUGCCCAACGUGGACCUGGUGCUGGCCCAGACCAAGCAGGAUGUCGCCCGGGCCAGGAAGCUGCAGGAAGAGGCAGAGCAGGCCAGGAAUCGUGCCAAUGCUAUGGAGGGCCGAGUGGAGGAUGUGAUGGAGAACCUGCGCCAGGGCAGCUCUGCCCUCCAGGAGGCAGAAGAUACCAUGAGUGGCACCAGCUAUUCCCUGAAUCUGCUCGGGGACCGGAUCUCUGAGGUCAGGCAAGUGUUCGAUCAGACUGAUAGGGCGGUGGCGACCAUGAUGGGGCAGCUGAGUGACUUACGGCAGAGGAUUGAGAGACUGCGGACCCUGGCCACCCAGCAGCGGACGCAGGCAGCUGAAGCCCAGCAGAAGGCAGAUGGGGUCAGCGGGAGUACAGCGCUUGCCGAGAAGGAAUUGGCUUCGCUGAAGCAGUACUAUGCCAAGCUGAAGAACAAACUGGAGAAGGGCCCUGUACCAGGGAAGCUGGGGACCAGAAUUACGCAUGUGAAGAUGGAGGCGGAAGAGCUAUUGAAGGAAACCAUGUGGAUUUGGAACAGGAUGGAAGAUAUUGAGGGUGAGCUGAGGAAUGGAAACGAAGCCAUCCAUCGCCGCUCCAUGGAGCUGGUGGGACUGGAGCAGCACUUGGAGACAAUCCGAGACCAAAUCAGCAAACGCGUGCUCUUCUAUGCCUCCUGCAAAUAAACCCCAUCCCAUCUU